AUGGCCACUCAACAAAAAGAAUUUAUUAUCUUUAAUAAUUCAACAGCAAAAAGAAAGCUAUAUACGAGCUUAAAUAAUCAACUCGCAAGAUUGCAACAAAAUAUGAUGAUUAUGGAGAGAACACUUGAAGUUACCGUUGACCAACUUGAAAACAUUGGAAAUUUCGGAGUAUCGCAUGGUUCCCU